AUGGCCUCCUUUUCUAUCAAGACACGCUCAUCAACAUCGCUGCGAAAAAGGCAUUCUCUAGUGAUUACACCCACAACCCAAACACGAGAAGAUAAGGGCAUGUUAACUAUGCGCUACGAAGAAGCAUUAAAGGCAAAGCCUCCCAUCGCCGUCACAGUCCCGCCACCGAUUUUGCCACCUACUGACGUACAUCCUGCCCUUCGUCCCAACUGCGAAGAUAUCGAAGGCGAAAAGAGAAAACGAGAUAGUGGGUUGGCUAAUACUAUGAAUAGCCGCCUUGAAGAAAGUUUAGCUGCUGAAACUGGUGUUCCUUUCCGUCUAAGCGUAGCACCUUCUGAAAUAGAAGAACGCCUCAACAGUAACACCGGUGGUGAUUCAUUGUGUCAAGAUACCACCACUAACCUAUCGCCGACAAAUUCAAGACUAAGCUCUCCAUAUCCCGGACGCCUCGAGAGAUCAGACUCUAAAUGGCGACUAAAAUUAAGAGCCAAGCUUGCUGACGAAAGAAGAAAAGUCUUGCCGGAAAAAUUCACUCACAUACUAACCGAAAUUCCGACAGAGUGUUGGAUGGAGGAUGAUUUCAUGGAUCAAGUCGCCUUCUCUAAGCGAGGCUCAGUCAUGCUGGAAGAGUCCAAGUCAGACGACUUUCUUUCAGCUCAGGACGAACCCAUGAGCCAAUUUGACGGCUCUAACACAACAGAUACCACUAAUCUAAGUGCUCAUGUUCAACGAGAGUCGCAACGCGUUAGAUCAAUGUACGAAAGAAGAUCUAUGCUAACUUGGUCCGAACGCAGAAACUCCAUGUCUCUGGGUACUAACAACUUAGUAGGUGUGGGAAAAAGAUCUAACAGGUUAGUCGACAUGAAUCAUGCCUCUUCGUCGCUAAAACCCGGGUAUCAUCUAACUAGAUUAACAGUGUUAAAAGCAAAUAAAUGUUAUCAUCAGGGCGCUAGCGAAGAAAUAGACGACAUGGAUAAGUGUGAAGUUGAUAGAUACGGCUUCAUAACUACAAUCAAAAGCCGAAGCAAUAUUGAAUCAUCUAGGUUGACACUUCCUCAACACGGUCUUACGUCUGGAGUCUUUCAAUCAGGCACACAAACCCCGCGCAAAAGACGGGGUCUAGACCGAGUAACCUCGGUAGUAACAACUAUUAAGCACGUGCCACAUCGCAAAUCCUCUGUUAAGAUACCAGUGUCAAACAUACCCCAUUCACCGGAACCCCUUCAAGCUCAGCCGACUACUAGUGAAAGGAUUCGUGUGGCUAAAAAUCGAUUACCGGGAAAUCGAGAUAAGAGAUUAGUUGAUGAGGCGGCGGGAAUGCUCAGUCUUGCCCCAAAAACAUCAAAUCCGACCGAAGAAGAAAGCGACCGAGUCGUUGAAAAUCUCAAGAGAAAGGAAUGGGACAGGUCCGAGAAGUGGAGAAAGAUGUCUAGAAUUAUUGUCCCUGCCAGAGGUGCAGAGGGUAUGGAUUACGAAUUUGAUAUUAAAUCUGCAAAGUUGAUAAAGAGAACCUGGAAAGGUAUCCCUGAUCGAUGGCGUUCCGUGGCAUGGUAUUCAUUUCUCAGAAACUCUGCCAGACAAAGACAAGAUAGUGCGUCAGAGGAACAAAUAAUUGAAUCCUUCCACAAGUAUUUGCAUGAGAGUUCGUCUGACGAUGUACAAAUUGACGUUGACGUCCCUCGUACAAUCAGCAGCCAUAUCAUGUUUCGGAAACGUUAUCAAGGUGGGCAGAGGCUACUUUUUCGAAUCUUGCACUCAUUCUCUCUAUACUUUCCAAAAACUGGCUAUGUGCAAGGAAUGGCUUCAUUGGCCGCAACUCUUCUCUGUUAUUAUGAUGAAGAGAGAGCUUUUAUAAUGUUAGUUCGGCUCUGGACUUUGCGUGGUAUGGACAAGUUAUACGAACCUGGAUUCGGGGGACUAAUUGAUGCCCUCGAACAAUUCCGCAAGGAAUGGAUCAGCGAUCCUGCUAUCACGAAGAAAUUUGAAGAAUUAAACGUCGAAACCACAGUAUAUGGCACCCGAUGGUACCUUACUAUCUUUCAUCACUCAAUCCCAUUCGCGGCCCAAUUACGUGUAUGGGAUGUUUUCAUGCUUCUCGGUGAUUCAGAGCCUACCCAUAAUCCAGAGAGAACUAAUAUAGAUUCCGGUCUCUCUAUUAUUCACGCAACAAGUGCAGCUUUAAUCGACGCAAAUAGAGAGACCCUCUUAGAAAGCGACUUUGAGAAUUCAAUGAAGCUUCUAACUAGCUGGAUUCCUAUUAAAGACGAAGAGAUUUUAAUGAGAGUAACCCGAGCUGAGUGGAGGCUUCAUCUUCGAAAAAAAUAA